CAAAAAUCUUAUAACACUGCUGAUGACAGUACGGUCUCCCGAGCGUGACGCGCUCAGUCGCCCUCGGGAGCCCGUCGUGACCGUGUGUCUGUAGUGAUAAGUGCUAAUGAUACGGACGUGUUUAGUGCUGUGUUUUGUAAUACGAUAAUAUCCAUUAGUUCAUAAUAAUAUGCAAACUCAGUGUAAAUAAAAUGGUUAACGUGAUGACUUUUCGGCAUAAACGUGCGUCCGCUGCGGCGGUCAGUGCGGUACUGACGAUGUUAGUGUGUGCGACCUUCGAAGUAAGUUUGGUGGAGGGGAGGGAGGAGCCACAUAAGUUCACAAUAGAAGAAUUACUGUCAACAAAUUAUGAACACAAAGACUCUGGAGACCUUGGAAUGGAUCCUUGUAAAGCUGAUAACUUCCAAGGUGACAUCGCGAUACCCAGUGUGGACUACUUCAAGCCACCAACGAGCGCGCCAGUCAACAAAAUCAACAAAUCCCUUCAAGAAGAAGUAGAAAGGCUGAAGAAAGAGGUGCUAUUAGAAGGAUUGCAAGUAGAAGAAGAAGGACUUCCAGAUAUCCUGAGGAAGAGGACAAAGCAACCACUGCCAUUGUCACAGGAGAAGCCUAAGAAAUACAACGAUGCUGUACUUAUGUCGAAGGUACUUCCUUCAGGUUUAGACAAAUCGCUACUAUUAAAAAACGGCAAAUUACCUCCAGAAGAAAUGUUAGACAAUUACACUAAUGCGUCCAAUCAAAGUAAAUCGGACCACUUAAACCAAACGACGGUACAGGAUAACCUGACCGAAUCAGAGAGCUUAGAACAAGACGGAGUUCUAGUAGUCAACGUAUCAACUAACCACAUACUUAAUUUAGAAGAGUUCUAUCCUAAUAUACAAAUCACUAAUGCAUCUAAUAAAAUGGAUGAGAUCACUAACAAGAUUCAGAGUAAUAGCAGAGAGAUUACUGGGGACUCUAAGAAUAACUUGAAAUUUAAGGGUAUUCCUGAGAACAUAACUGUAGCACCUGCACCUACUAAUGGUGUUUUGUCGAAUGAGCAAGAUGAAGAUAAAGUGAUAAAUAAAACUGAUUUGGAUGUGGAUGGAAAGUUGGAACCUAACUUACUGAGGCCCACAGAGAGUCUGCAGAACCUGAUGGAUGAAAAUGGCGGCCGAAGGAACAGGAGACGGAGACGGAGACACGGUAAUGGAAGACGGCUAAGAAACAUCCACUCAAACGAGAGAAUUGGCCAAAACACCCUAAGUUCGUCAGAAAACAAAACAGUUUCUCAAUUUGUCAGAAAAAAGUUUUUUCGUCACCACAAAAAGCACAACAGUGGAGAACAGAGAAAUGAAAAGAAGUUUGAGAUCCCUGAACAUGAGUUCGAAGAGAGAUUUGAAGUGAAACCACCGCCUAAGAAAAUUUUGAAUGCCACUGAGGGUCAAAAUUUUGACAACUGGUUUUUUCGUGACGACAUGGAAGAUUUAGAAGCUGCUAAAACUAAUGCGCAUAAUAAUACAGAGGUCAAAAGCCGUCACCGCACCAUCAGAGCGGCCACAAACAGGAAAGAAAGAAUAUGGGAGAACGGUGUAAUUCCAUAUGAAAUCGACGGGAACUUCAGCGGGGCACACAAGUCUUUAUUCAAGCAAGCCAUGAGGCACUGGGAGAAUUUCACCUGUGUCAAGUUUGUAGAGAGAGACGGUGAUUUACAUAAGGACUAUAUUGUCUUCACUGAACGGCCUUGUGGAUGCUGUUCAUUCGUGGGCAAGCGCGGCAGCGGUGCUCAAGCGAUCUCCAUCGGGAAGAACUGUGAUAAGUUUGGCAUAGUGGUGCACGAGUUAGGCCACGUGGUCGGCUUCUGGCACGAGCAUACAAGACCCGAUCGCGAUCGACACGUGCAGAUCAUCAGGGAUAAUAUUAUGCUUGGCCAAGAAUACAAUUUCAACAAGUUAACCGAAGAAGAAGUCAACUCUUUAGGCCAGACAUAUGAUUACGACUCUAUAAUGCACUAUGCUAGAAACACAUUCAGUAAAGGGACGUAUUUGGACACCAUCCUCCCUCUAGAAGUCCACGGGAAGAAACGGCCGGAGAUCGGACAGAGAGUGAGAUUGAGCGCAAGUGAUAUAGCCCAGACUAACUUGCUGUAUAAGUGUGCCAAAUGCGGAAGGACUUUGUUGGGCAAUUCGGGGUGGUUCAACUCCCCCGGAUGGGGUAGUGAGACUCCCCCAACUACCCCUGAACGCUGCGAGUGGAGGAUCGUGGCUACGCAUGGAGAAAGAGUUGUCCUCAACAUCACUGAAAUCGACAUCCACAAAUCUGAAGACUGUCGUUCCGAAUGGGUGGAAGUCAGAGACGGCUACAUGCCAGACGCUCCAGUCCUCAGCAGGAUCUGCGGCUCCGGGAAAGGUCCCAUGAUGAGGUCUACUGGAUCCAGGCUUACUGUUGUAUACCAGCCGGGGCCCAGACCGAAACCUCAUAGAGGAUUCAGGGCGUUUUAUGAAGCUGUGUGUGGCGGAGACAUAGAAGUUGACAGCACAGGACAUUUAGAAUCACCCAACUAUCCUGAUGACUACCAACCCAAUAAGCUUUGUGUUUGGAGACUCUCAGUACCUCAGGAUUACCAGGUAGCUCUUCGAUUCCACUCGUUCGAGGUGGAGAACCACGACACUUGUUCAUACGACAAAGUCAAAGUCAGAGACGGUGACUCUAUGGACAGCCCUCUCAUUGGCAUGUUCUGUGGACACAAAAUACCUCCUGAUAUCAGGUCAACCUCCAACAAACUGCUAGUAAUCUUCGAAUCAGACAGCACGGUGCAGAAGGCAGGUUUCUCCGCCACCUUCAUGAAGGAGUUCGACGAGUGCGCGUCUAUAGAGCACGGCUGCAGUCACUCGUGCGUCAACACUCUCGGAGGGUAUGAGUGCGCUUGUGACAUCGGAUACGAACUGCAUUCUGAUGGGAAGAAGUGUGAGAAUGCCUGCGGUGGUUCCUUAUACGCCCCCAACGGCACAAUAACAUCGCCAUCAUUCCCCGACCUGUACCCUCCAUCAAAGAACUGCCUCUGGGAGAUAGUCGCCCCCCCUCAACACAGGAUCACGCUCAACUUCACCCACUUCGAUCUCGAAGGCAACAAUAUGUAUCAACAGGUGACGAAAUCCUCAAACAGUCUGCUUAAUUCGGAGUGUGAAUACGACAGUGUGACGGUACAUUCGAAGUUGGGAGCUGAUGUUUUGAGAAGACACGGAGUGUUCUGCGGCCCUGCUUUACCACCGCCAGUCACUUCCGAUGGAUCAGUGUUGAGAGUUCAGUUCACAUCAGACGGCUCAGUCCACCGCUCAGGCUUCGCGGCCGCCUACUACAUCGACGUGGACGAAUGCGCCGACAACAACGGCGGCUGUCAGCACGAGUGCCGCAACACACUCGGUGGAUACGACUGCGCCUGCUAUAGCGGCUUCACCUUACAUCCUAACCUGCAUGACUGCAAAGAGGGGGGGUGUAAGCAUGACGUCACUCAACCACAUGGCACCAUCUUCAGUCCGAACUAUCCGUCAAUGUACCCACCGCGAAAGGAUUGCGUUUGGCAAUUCUCCACUACACCUGGACACCGAAUCAAGCUGAUCUUCCAAAAGUUUGAAUUGGAGCCACAUCCAGAAUGCGCAUAUGACUACGUGACAAUAUACGACGGAGCGUCAGCAGACGAGAAGACGUUGGGUCUCUUCUGCGGCAAUCGGUUACCCCAUCCUAUUGUAGCGUCGCAGAACCAGAUGUAUGUGGUGUUCAAGUCUGAUGGCUCCGUGCAGAGGAGCGGGUUCCUCGCUAAUCAUUCUACUGCCUGUGGCGGUUACCUAGCAGCAACCGAAGCCGUCCAACACCUGUAUUCCCACGCACGUUACGGGGACAAUCCCUACGAGUCUCGCGCUAACUGUGACUGGAACAUCGAGGCACCUCGCAACCACUUCGUCAAACUUACCUUCCUUACUUUUGAACUGGAACCGGAAACUAACUGCCAUUAUGAUUAUGUCCAAGUGUUCGGAGGGUUGGAUGGCAGUGGGGGCAAUUAUGGCACUUUCUGUGGGACUAAGAUGCCACCAGAAAUAGUGUCAACAACCGAAGCCCUCCUAAUUAGAUUCCGCACAGAUGACUCACUAGUGUUCAAGGGUUUCUCCGCAUCAUAUCAGAUGGUGAAACCAGUGUGGAGCGAAGAAGAUAGUUCCGAAGCUGCAGAGUAUGAUGAAGAAGAAGAUGAGAGAAUGCCCCCUUUAGUAGUCGGUAGGAGGGGACUUCGGGCUUCCAUGCCGCGCUUCGUUCGUCGUCCUACGUGACGCUGGCCGCUACCCCGACAUCCAAGACAUCGCCGACCGCAUCGCAAUAACCGGAUUUAAUCCCUUUUACGGUUUUCAGUUUUUGCAAUCUGGCAACACUGUUGUUGCCGAUGUCAUCGUUGACGUUCAGGAAUUGUAGUUGCCAUAAUUUGAGUACAAUUUUUAAUCAGUACAGUAAAAUAGUUGUGUUGUAUUUUUCUUUUGUAACGAAUCACUACGUCUUUUGUAAACCGGUGAACGCGGUCAGUUGAUCUUAAAAUCGAAAAAGACACUAUUUGAAAUGUUAUUUUUUACGACUGAAUAAAAAAUGUAAAUAAAUUAAUAUUCCUAGUCUAAUUUAGGUCUAUUACUUAAAAUAGCGGUUACCAUUACAAUAUUCGUACGAUGGACGUAUGAAUAGCGUAAUUGUUAAACAAAUAAGUGAUGUUACUUAUUAAUCAUAAUAAUUAUUAAAGCCUUUUACCAAAGAAUGUUCAUAGCUCUCAUUAGUCGAAAUAUAAAGACUUUUCUUACCAUGUAUUUUCAAGUUAUGAUAUCAGCUAAUUAUUAUGUUAGACAAGCACAAAUAGUAUCAUUUUGCCAUUUACAUGCAUUUAUGUAUUUUACCAUAUACAUAGAUUAGUUAUAGAAUUUGAGACAAUAUAUAAUUUUAAGUGCUAAUUUAAGAUGUAAAAAGUUAUUUUUUAAUAGGUGUUCAAUUCAUAUCAAUAUUUGAAUACAUUUACUGUAUAUUGUAUACUAGUAGAUAAGCAUUUUACUGAUGUUACGUAACUUACGUAGGUAGACAUUUUGUUUACUUUGGCAGUCAUUUACCUGGAUCUCUUUUCUCUAUCAAAUAAAUCUUUCAUUUUCUUUUUCUUUAGUUGAAAAUGAGCUGCCAUAAUAAUAUUUACCAAAGAUCAUUUUAGUUCAAAUUUAUUAAAGCCUUUCCUUUGAAGUACCAUUAUUUGCCCUUAAAUCUAAAAAGUAGUUACUUGUUUCUCCCAUUAUUUUUGUACUUAAGAACACACAGUUACGAACAAAAAUAGUCUCACUUUACGUUAUUUUUUUAUUAAAUACCAAGGAAAUGGAUGAAUAUAAAUGUAGGUACAUAAUAAAUGUCGUUUACAAUGUUUACAAGUUAUCAUUGUGCCAAUUAUGGGAUACUUAGUUACUGUUAAUGCCAUAGAGUAACAUAGGCUAGUGUUUUGUAACUUAACUAUGAAUAUUUAUACGUAGGAAUGUUAUUUUUAUUAAAACGUAUUGAAAUGUA